AUGAUCAGGAACACUCGAGGCGGCGAGACCGACGACCUGCUGGACGAGUGGCAAUGGCCUGCAGACUGCACCGCCCAGCGCGAGAUGGAGCGCCACUUACGCUGCCAGAUCUGCGGCGACUUUUUCCACGGUCCAGUGCUGCUGCCCUGCUCGCACACCUUUUGCUCGACGUGCGUACGUCGCUUUCUACAGAGCAAAGGCGCUCACGGGUGCUGUCCCGAGUGUAAGCAGCCGGUGGCGGCCCGUGACUUGGUGCCGAAUCGGGCGUUGGAACAAGUCGCGCUUCUGUUUAGCGCUUCCAAGCCGGAGCUGCUCAAGAGACUGCAAGGGAUAGUCGCGCGGGGAUCGAUCACGUCAGAUGUGCUGGACGUGGAGAGCACGAAGGAGAAGGAGAUGAAACAGCUGGACAGGGUUCAAGAGCGGAUGCCAUUGCUGUCGUACAGCGUCAUGAAGGACAAAGAAGUGCGGAGAUUAUUGGACGCGAUUCAUGUGCGAGUCCCGACGAAAAAUCGGGAGGAGAUUAUCCAGAUUCACAAAGAGUUUGUGCUGCUGUCGAAUGCGCAGGCGGAUUCCGUGAACCCAAAGAGCACGGCACAAGUGCGAGAGGAAGUCGUGCGGAACCAUCAUGCGAGGAUGCAGCAGAAAGCCAAGACUGAUGCACUGAGACGCAUCCAAAGUGGAAGCGACAAUUCUGAAAGCGGAAAUAUCGCGGCAUCGCCGGCGUCAGGUGUAUCGGUACAGAUGCGUGCAAAUUUCGACAAACUGCGACAGGAUAUUGCUGACAGAAAAGCAGGCAAACGGCCUCCAACGACGCCGUCACCCAGUGUCUCUUCCACUGAUACCCCACAAAAAAAGGCAUCAGGGAGAGAUGCAGCAACGUCGGUGGGUGUGUGGCGUCACUUUUGCGCAUUGGACACGAACAUGAAGCAGGAAUUUUACGUUAACUCCGUGACACAUGAAAUUCGCGUGGAGCUGCCGCCUCUAUCUGUGCGAGAACAAUCGCCCGCAAACCGCUACGAUGACCUGAGCGAUGUCGUGCGUGCCGUCGCUGAGAGAGACCCAGCAGAUAUAGGUUGUAGUGACGAAGCGAAGGCAGUGACUCCUCUCAGGGCGAAGGGAAAAACCAAGCGGGCAAUUGCUCCAGCAUUUGCUUCGCCGGACGCAACAUCUGAGUUUCAGAGCGCCACGGAAGAGACUAUCCUCUCGGGAAACGAGAUUGAAAACCAAGAGGGUGAACAGGAACAAGCGGACGAGAAAACGAAAUUGGACAGCCUGGGCAAGCACGCAAGAAAUGCCGACGCUACCGUCUCGACAAUGGAUGGCUCGGUCGAAGUUAUUGAAGACGCGGACGAAGCUGCCAGUGAGUGGCAGUGCUCUCGGUGUACAUUAGUCAAUGAAGCGACAUGUCAGCAAUGCGAAGCAUGCGGUUACGAACCAGCCUCUGUCCCUGCCAAGAAGCGCCUUCGCAAAAAGAUGCAUUUCCAAAGCAAAAUAGCGUUGUCAUAG